AAGGGUCGGGAGGUGCUGAGGGGGUUUGGGGAGACGCUGUCACUGGUGCGGUGCCCAGGGAGGGAGAGCCUUUCCCCCGUCAGGCUAAGUGUAUUCAUGUACUGGAUAAACACAUCAGGAAAAUGGCAUGGUUGUUGGACAGUGAUCAGUAUUUGGAAAAAAUUGGGUUGACAAAAUUCCAUCGGCAGGGUGAUGAUCCACCACAGCAAGAUUCUGCUGUGCCUCAGCUAGGAUCAGAUAAUGGAUUGCUGGGAGCACAUAGCAGCAAGACACAAGAUGUGCUGAGAGGACAAAUGAAGAAAACACAGUCUCAAAAGGUGCAAACAACGGAAGAAUGGAUAAGAAACUACAGUUUGGAAUCCUUGCAGUUAACAAUAGAAUAUCUGUGCUCCAAGAAUUCAGGAAAUGGUGGUGAAGAGAUGGUGUUUACAGAGGAGACUGUUACUGAUUUUGAAUGCAGACUUGCUGAAGUGAUUGAACUCUAUCAGCACCGAAUUCAGUGGCUCUUGCAGGACAGCAGAAAGGUGUUCGGUGUUAUAAAAGGAACUAAAGUUGGACUUUUGGUUGAUGUGUCUCAUUUGAGUUAUGGACCUAGACUACUGGAUUUUCAGAAGAACCUUUUGUGCUUAAUAGAUGAGCAACUUUGUUAUAAGAAGCAGUUGUACUGCCUCUCAUUCAGUACAGAAAUUUCACUGCUGUGGGAGAGUCCAAAAAUCAUCAAUGUUCAUGUGCUACAUGAAUCAAGACAGUGGAUACAAGAGCUGGAGCCUGGUCGAGGCUGUAAUUUGCUGAAAGCCUUAAGGCAUGUCCUUCCAAUGAAAGAACUGAAUUCCUUGGUUCUUAUUGUAGGAAGCUGCCCUGAUCAGUCUUUUGAAAUACUAUGUGAUUAUGCUCAGCAGUGUACACUGGGGAGAAAAGUGCAGAUUCACAUUGUUAUAUAUGAUUGCAACCCUGCUUCUCUUGCAGUUCUAAAGAACCUUGCAGAAGCUGUAAGAGGCCGUUACCAUUGCUACUCUUCCAAGGGAGAGAAUUUUGAUAGCAGUGAUUUUCAUCUGCUACUUCAAGAAUCCCAGAAGGCUAAGGACCUACUCGAGAGUAUCAAACAGGCUUUUCAAAGAAGAGCUGGUGGCUUGCUUGGUAGUAGAAAAGCAGAUGUUUCCACAGAAUUUGCAAAUACAGCAACUUCCAGCUUCUUCCCAAAGCCUCCAAAGAAUAAAGGACCAUUAGUUAUUCAAACACCAGGCAUCCUGGCCAAAACCUCAGCAGACUGGUUAAAGACAUAUGGACUGAAAGCUAAAAAAUUAGACCUUUAUCAAGUUUUGGCUCCCAAUGCUUUCUCUCCUGUGGAAAAUUUUAUACCUGUUCUUAAAAAAACAGUAUCAUCAACUCUACAUGAGAAAGUGAUGAUACAGUUUGAGUGGUAUGAUGGAACUGUAAAAAAUAUCCAUGUUGACCUUCCAGUAUUGUACAACUAUCAGAAAAUCCUUGCUAAAAUGGUAAGAAUCUAUGAGAAACGAAUUGACUGGCUAUCUGGUGCUAGCAGAAGAAUAUGGGGAAGUGUUUGUGAAAGAAGGGUGGUUAUACUUGUUGAUAUAUCAGUGACAAACUCUACCUAUAUCACUCUUAUCCAACAUUCUUUGCGACUUUUACUUGAGGAACAAAUGUCAAAUAAGGACUACUUCAAUAUUAUAGCAUUUGGGAGUGAUAUUGUGCCUUGGCAACAGGAACUGUGUCCUUCCCAACCAGAAAACUUAGAAAAGGCUUGGAGGUGGGUGUUGAGUUUGGAGUGCAAAGGCAGUAGGAAUUUCAUGAGUGCACUCAGAAGAGCUGUGGAAGUUGACUUCAAAGACAAAGAUAAACACAAAUCACAGGGACUCUACCUGCUGACUACUGGAAUACCUGAUCAGGAAACACACACAAUCAGUGCUUAUGUGGCUGAGGCUUGUGGAGGUUUUGAUUUCCAGCUCCAUGUCUGCCUGUUCAGUGUAACAAAGGACACUGACUCCACUGGGAUUAUUCCAGCCCGCUACGCCAACCCAAGGGAAACCGCCUGUGCUUUUAAAGAAAUUGUUCAGGCAGCCAGUGGAAGGUUUCACUGGUUUGGAGAAGCAGGUAUUUUUGAAAGUGAUGAUAUUACUAGUAUUAUAUCUGAAAUGGAAAAAGCAAAGAACUACUCCCAAAAGUGUGCAUUCCUAGUGGAGUCCUUAAAGCAACGCUCAGUAAAUCAGUCUGUGAAACCCAUCACACCAAGAGACUCAAAUGUGUUUAUGAGGAGUAAGAAAAAAAAACCACAGAAGGUGCUUAAGGAUGUUAAAGACAACCAUGGUGCAGAGAGAAAUACUCCUGUAAGAGUACUAGCAUGGCGUCCUCCUAGCACCAAAGCAGGAAUUCCACCAGCACAAACAGUAAAAGAACAGCCUCAGACUGAGAAUAAAGGAAAGCACAAACCCAGGAAGCAGCCAGAGCUUUCUGUGUCUGUAUUUUACACUGAAGAAGGAAGAAAUGUGGGUACAAUAUAUCAGAAGUAUCCAAAGGCAGUGUGCAUAAGAAAAUCUGUUUCCUCUGUCACAUUGCCAGAGGAUGAGGAAAUCUGUUCAAGCAAAGAGUGGCUGACCAAGUACAGUAUUAAAAAGCUUAAACUGGAAUUGCCCAGACUGAUGUUUGGUCCAGGCUGUACCCACCAGAAGAAAACUGUGCAGUCUCUGCAUAAGAAAGUAUCAGCAAAAUACUGUUCUAUCUUCCCCAGUGCAGAAAUCGAUGGGGUUGUGAAACAUCUGCAGUUUCACCCUAAAGAGCUGGAGACCUACACAGAACAACUGGAGAAGGUGCUGCAGCGCUAUAUCCAGAGAGUGCAGUGGCUUCUCUCAGGAAGCCGAAGAUUGUUUGGUACCAUUUUAGAAGCAAAUGUCUGUGUUUUGAUUGAUACAUCUGGUUCCAUGGGCCCAUAUUUGCCACCCGUCAUGAAAGAACUUACCUCCCUUAUCUGGGAACAGCUGAGAAAAAAUGAAGUCAGGUUUAACCUGCUGAGAUUUGCAGAAAAUACAGAGAGUUGGAAAGAACAUCUUGUAGAGGCAAGUGAUGAAAGCUGCCAUGAUGCUGUGCAGUGGGCUUCCACAUGCCAUGCUCAUGGGAACUCCUGCAUCCUUGCAGCUUUACAGGCUCUCAGUUUCCAAGGUGUAGAGGCACUGUAUCUAUUGACUGAUGGAAAACCAGACACCAGUUGCAGUCUGAUUUUGAAAGAAAUUGAAAGAUUGAUAAAGAAACAAGAUAUUAAAAUCCACACCAUUUGUUUUAGCUGUGCAGACAGAGGAGCUGUUGAAUUCCUGAAGAAGCUUGCUUCCCAAACAGGAGGGCGCUUCCACUGCAGUUCUGGAGGUGAAGAUGGACAAUUAGCAGCACACAGAAUAUUGACAGAGGGGCUGGAUGAUGAAGAUAAUCCAGUUUUCCCUUACUUUGAAGGAGAUGAUUUAAAGAAACUUACUCAAGAAGUAGCAAAAGCUAGAAGUUUCUUAAAGCAGGCAAAAUCUUGGAGAUUAUUGCUUGAAAAAUGGAACACAAACCAAAAAGAUGACUCUGGCUUUCAAAAAAGUGUUCAGGAUUAAAUUUUCGAUGAAGAAAAGGUGCUGAAGAGGUUUGGAAUCAUACCAUUAACCUGCUUCUUUUCAAAGUGUGCUCACACCUUCCAGCUUCAAGCAGAAAGAAAGAAGGUUUUUCCUUUGUUGUCACAAUUGUUGGCAAGACAAGAAGUUGCAGAUGAUAAGCGCUGCACUGACUCCACUUGAAGAUUUUGCAGGAUACAAAGUAAAUCAAGCCCUGAACCCUAUGAAGUUUAAAUAUAAGUAGAGGAUAGUUUUCAAUAUCGUUAAUACAAAUUGUAAAAGUGUAUGGAUCAGUAGUUACACAGGGUCACAACUUUUGUUUCUCUUUUAUUGCAUUGUAUCAAUUUCUUCAGUUAGUUGCUGGUAUGUCUAAAUUGCCUAUUUUGUCUGUUGGUUUGAGAAUUCAUUAUUGGUGCUUAUUAUCACUAGCAGAUGGGACAGAUGGCAGUGAUAUUAGGAAGAGAAUUCUUUAUGCCAGUUUGGCAUAGAAAGUCCAAGAAAUAACCUUAAUGGAGAAAACAAAGCUUGUAAUUCAUGUUUUUGCACAGAGAAGUUUUGCUAAUAAUUAUUUCAACUCUGGAUGAUGACUCAGAAAUUACCAUACAUGCAAGAAAGUAACACCCUGUUGCUGAUGUAGCCUGGUUGUGUUUGUAUAACUGGACACUGCCUGUCUUCUGAGCAGUUCUGUUCUUAUAUAUUUCCUGUCUAGAAAGAUUAAAAAUAUGUUUGCUAGUAUCAGUAGAAAUAUACUCGGUUUUUACUGAUUUUUGUAAUGACAGCUCACUAGUAUUUGGAGAUGGUCACUGUUGUUUUUUAGAGGAUUAGAAAUUCAUCUCAGAUGUUUAAUAAAUGUAAUAUAAUAAAAAUGGAUUCAUAAUUAAAAAUUAAGAUACUUGAUCUGCAUUUAUUCAAGAGCCAUCUGCAUCUCCUGAGUGCCAUGGGAUAUGCUGUGAUAUGGGAGAUUGUGUCUUUUCUGUCCCUUUGUCUCUCUUGUCUCUAUAGAGAAUUAAAAAUUACUUCUGUCAUAAAUGUAUCUACUUAGUGUUGUAUGCUCUGAACCAGGUGACUCCUGCCUUCCAUGCUAGUGCCAGCCUUUACUAGAAUGCUGCAGUUAAACUGAUGCUUUGUGCUAUGCAUCACUUUCUGUGAUUUUAUUUGUGGAUGUGUGUAACUGUUGAGAUGAUUUGAUAUGAAAAUGUUAAUUGUAACAUUAACAUAGGAUUGGUUACAGUUCUGUUUGGGGUAUAGAUGAUGAUCACUGAUAAGAUGAGGAUUUGUACUAACAGAAAUGUUAAAACAGUAAAUCCAGGUAGAAAGGAUGAGCUUUCUGUAUUGCCAAAAAGGCAAUUUCUUAUUUGUUUCUUGGAGGGUUUAAGAAAUGUCACAGUACUGUAGCAUAGAUUCUUAUAUUCCUAUAAAAGUACUUAAAUUCUUCAAAGGAAUUUAAAAGGAAACACUCUUAUGGAGGUGUUAAAUGGUAUCAAAAGCUCUUUAUGAAGUAAGAUCAUAAUGAACAUGUUGGAUUUUGCAAAUGUGGAUAAGCAUCAGAAUAUUUCAGUCAGUUGUGUUAGACUGCAAUUGUCGAAGCUCUUAUUUAGAGCCUUCCCCCCUCCAUAUAAUAUUUGGUGUUCAGAGGUUUUACUCUAUCAAAACAAUUACAUUUACACAGUGUCUCCAUUGGCUGAUUGUCAGCAGAUCUGUAACCCCAAAUUUGGGGUAGCCUACAUUAAUACUCAUCACUGAGCUGUUUGUUUUGGCUUGGACUGGGCGUUCAUUUCUGUGGGCAGAGCUCAGCGCGUUUGUCUGGUUCCCCUGAGCAUGAUCUCACACUCCAAGUAGGUGUUGGGGACUCAGGAGCCUUCUCUUUGCUGGUGGUGUGAGCUAAGGGCUUCUAAGCUUCCUGUUCAAGAAAAUGCAAUGAAAAGUAAGGAGCAUAAGUUGAUGUUAGAAUCUGUGUAAGCACAGAAGCUGUAAAAGAGUCAGGUAUUAUAGGAUUGAGCCGUUGCACCCCAUCCAAGUUCUCUUCUUUUCUAAGUGUGUUUAGCUGUGCAGCCAAAGCCUUGUGGCCUCGCAGGCCAGUCAAGCCCUGCUGCCUCCUCUGAGCAGUUCCUUCCUUUAAAAUACAGAUCCCAUCUCCUUACUACCGACCUGGAAACUCCCAUCCUACCUGCUCCUCCUCAGGCUGAGGGCUGCUCAGCCAGGAAGAUGUUUUCAGGAGAUGCCUCAGUGGGGAUGACCUGGGUAAUACUCGGUUAGUGACUUCACUGCCCAUCUGUCAGCUGUGUCAUUUGCUUUCCUGGUUUGUGCUUGCUGGAACACAACUCACUGUAUUCAAAACAUAAUAAAAGAGGAGUUUUAUAAUUGA